GUUCUAACCUUUUCUCAAGUCAGAGAUUUAAGCAAAGAAAAGUGAGACUGAGAGCUUUCGGGAAAGCGCUGAGAAGCAAUUUAGAAGGACCGGACCCUUCACAAUCUAAUUAUCUACUUUAGGUGUAAAAGUCUGGAUGGAAAGAGAUGCCUCGCGGUGACUUCAACGUUUAUUUUGCAAGCAGAGGAGGACAGCAUGUCAGGGCCGAAGAGGCAGCUGGCAUAGCUCUGUUGGUUGUAAUUCUCGCAGCCCUUCUCAUCGUCGGAUGCUGGUAUUUCAAGAGGAGAAGCGGGUACAAAAUGAUCAGGAGCCCAAGAUCAGGGUCCCCGCCAGGAUUCAGUGGAGGACAGUUCAGCCAGCGAAGAGCUGCAGCAGAAAACAAGAUGGGCCUCAGUGAGCUCCGACCUGUGCUUCCCAAUGCACCUCCUGCCUAUGAGAAGAUCUCAUCAGGACCCCUACCUCCUCCCUACUCGCCCUAAUAACAAGUCCUCUGUGGGAUAACCAAAAAGAUGAAACUUCAUGUGUUAUGUCAUUAAACACAUGAUCAAACUUGUGAAGAACAAAUAUUUUGCACUCUAUUCACUAUCACAAGUUUAUAGAAGUAUUCUUCAAUAUUAUUAUUUUUUUUUUUGGGGGGGGGACACUGUAGUUUCAUGUUAAUGUACUGACCUUUUAGCUCCACAAGCUUUUAUUUCUGAAUGCUGCUCAAAGAACAAGACUUUCUAUCAAUCCCUGUAUAUCUAACAUAACAAUGUUGUACUUUGUAAGUUGUUUGUUCAUUUCAGUGAUAACCUAGCUUCCGCCGAGUCCCCAACAAACCGGAUGUUCCGGUUUUCAGGAGGAAUGGAAAGCGAGCCUAUGACUCGACUUCCUCUUUUGGACGUUUACAAGGCGACGCUCCAUCUUAACUCCUCCUCCACAUUUACUGGAUUGGUUGAACAGUGCAGAAUAGAACCUCCCCUGACUAUUUGUUUCCUUCUCGUCAAGACCAGUAUGUAGGGGACCUAGUAUCAGGUGUUUAUUUUAUGCCUGCUACGUUACAUUAGUGACAACCAAAUGUGUAGCAGCAAUUGAGAAUUCUUCUGAAGUUAAUGACAACAGCUUACUGGCUUGAUUGUUUGCUUAUAUCUUUCAAAAUGUACUUAUGAGGAUUUGGAAAGUAUACAUUUCAAUAAAGAACUUACAAAAUGAAAAACACA